AUAUUUUAUUUACCAGUAAUUUAACGCACUCAAUCAAGUCAACAUGUUUGCCAACUCAUUAAAGAGUGUUUUGAUUUUUUUAAUCGCGGGAAUUUAUUUGUCCCGAGCUCAGCAAGCUGUUAAAGGUGGUUAUUAUCAACAAUAUCCACAGAGUUCCUAUAAUAACACAGAAGUUGGUACUUGUUAUAAAAGAGUUCCGUACCAUGAAGCAUUGGCUACAUACAACAGGGCAGGAAAUAAUCAAGGAUUAAGACCACCCUGGAAUAACACUUACGACAAUGGUUGGGUAACAAUAUUGGAUUGCUGCGAGGGUUAUCAGCGAAACUCCAUAAGCAAUCGGUGUGAAUCCGUAUCGAAUGAUUGCCGCACUGGUUGUUUCGGGGGUAGAUGUGUCGCGGGAACGUGUACAUGUGAUCCUGGCUGGUACCCAGUAGAAGGUGUUUGUAAGCCAAUUUGCCGACGCCCAUGCGGAGAAAACGCUUAUUGCUUCGCACCGGAAGUCUGUGAGUGCAAACUUGGAUGGGAGAAAUCAUCCCAAGGUAUUUGCAGACCCACUUGCCCGGGGGGAUGUGUCAACGGGGAUUGUAUUGCUGCUCGUGUGUGUCAAUGCCAUCCCGGAUAUACUUUGAACGCGACACGUCAAGGAUGUGACGCCAUUUGUGAGGGCGGAUGCCAGAAUGGCGUGUGUACUGCUCCAGGCGUCUGUGCUUGUAACGUAGGAUACGUCAACCCUCCAAGGGACCGCGAAAUGUGUGUACCAGAUUGUGGCUCAAGUUGCCAAAACGGAUUGUGCGUAGCACCAGGAGUCUGUAAUUGCAGACCAGGAUAUAGAAAAGAUCCAGCAUCAGAGACAUGUAUUCCCGAGUGCCGAACUCCCUGUCCAAUUAAUGGACAUUGUGUCGCACCAGAUAGAUGUGAUUGCUAUGAUGGUUAUCGAUUAGAUUAUGCUAGUAAUCGAUGUGUCGCUGCUAAUUCUCAACAGGGUGGUUAUCAACAGGGUGGUUACCAACAGGGUGGUUACCAACAGGGUGGUUAUCAACAAGGCGGUUACCAACAAGGUGGUUAUCAACAGGGCGGUUACCAACAGGGAGGUUACCAACAGGGCGGUUACCAACAGGGCGGUUAUCGACCAGGAAAUCAACAAACAGGAAACUCCCAAGAUUGUGAUCGUCCUUGUGUCAAUGGUGUCUGUAUGGGUUUCAACAUUUGCAGCUGCAAUGAUGGUUAUGUCCCAGAUCCAACAGAUUCCACCAGAACGAAAUGUAUUCCCGGCUGCCCGGGAGGUUGUCCCAAUGGCGUUUGUUCCGGACCAAAUUACUGUCUUUGUAAGCCGGGUUACGUCAAAGAACGCGGUGUCAAAGGCUCGCAAAGAUGUGUACCUCAAAAUAAUUACUGAUUUUUUUUCUGUACCACAAAAACUACUAGGCGUUGAAUUAAUAAAAAUUUCAUAGACAUAUCAAA